CCCGCAUUGCUCGAAUUUCACCGUCACAGGCCGAUUCCGACCAGCCAUGGCCCACCUGCUUUUUCACGGUAGGCCCUUUUUUACAACAAGAAAGAAAAAAACGCAGUAGAUCGAUCCUUCCAUUCCUUGUCCUUUAUAUUCGUCUGUACAGUGCUUACCCUUCCUUCUCCUUUAUCGCAUCCUCUUUACGACAUAGAACGGACUUGUCAACAGUUGGCUUCGUAGCUCUUUAUUGUCUGUUCGAGUAGCUAUGGCCAAUCUCCCUCAAACAUCCCAUUCCACUUCGCCACUUGUCCAACGAUCGCCCCACUCCUCCCAAAGAUCACCGGCAGGCGCUCGUUCUCCGUCUCUGCGCUCUCCUACGCAUACCGAUCCUUCCGGCGAUAAACAAAGUAGCAAGCGACGUCAUGAGGACGACCAACGGGAUAUUUCUCCUCCUGGACAAAGUCGCGGAGCCAACGAUGGACAACAAGAUAAAAGACCAUUAACAGACCACCGAUCGUACGCCAAACGACGCCAGUACGAUAGUCGGAGUCCAUCACGAAGUAGACAUAGUCGAUCGGGCGAUCGUUACGGUCACAGCCGAUCGCGAGCGCCUCGUAGCCCCAGUCCGUCACGAAGGCGACGAGGACGUAGUCGGUCAAGGAGUCCACGUCGACGAGACCGAUCUAGACACCGUUACGGACGGAGUCAUUCACGUGAUUAUCGAUACGAUAAAAGUCGCGAACGUGGACGUCGUAGGAGACGAUCGUAUUCCAGAUCACCCAGUCGGGAUCGAAAAAGAAGCCACCGUGAGCGACGCCGAUCGGAUAGUCGUGAUCGAGACAGAGCAGACUCUGGUCGUCGCUCGCUUUCACCAGAACGUCAAGGAUCAAUUCGAUAUUCAAAGGAAUAUUCGCCCCAUCACCAUCACCACCAUCGUCAGCAAACUUCCUCUACUUCAACGCCAUCGGGACCUCCCACAGGGCCUGCCGCAAUGUAUCAGCGUGAGGGCGCCAAGGAUAAUAAAAAUAGUCAGGGUAAGGUAGAAUUGGGCAAAGCGCACGAUGAAUGGUAUGGCUGAUCUGCGCUGUUCAUUUUUGAUGGAGUAGGGAUGCGAAUCUCCAGUUCGCAAGAGUUGCGCUCCGUGACGAUGCGUCAGCCGCUGGUCCAGCCUUCACCGCCUUCCUUACCUGCGCAACCUUUGGCGAACCAAGUUUUACCAUCCAGUGCGAGCCAAUUAAGCAUUCCACCGCAUCAAAAGAUCCCAAAUGGUGUUUUGAAUACCUUGGGAUACCCUUUCGAAACGUCGG